AUGUCAGGUCCCAAAGUGCCCGAUUGGACAAAUCAGUUGCUGGACAGUCCGAAACUUCCAGACUGGAGCAGUCCAGAGGGAAGUAGCAGUAGUGUCCAAAAGACUCCAGAGUCGCUGACCAGCGGCCUUCCGUUGGUUCAGAAGUGGUUCAAGUGGCAGCGAAAAAAGAUCUUUGGACAGAGGUUGGGGAAGGCAUGUCAAAAAGGGCUUGCUGCACCCUCGAGUUCAUUUUCUCUCGUGCUGAAAUCAGACUUUGGAGAUGAGAAAUCUGACAAUCCUGUUAACUCUCAGAGAAGAGUCAAUCCUCUGCGGGCAACUCCACUGCACUUCCAAAAUCAGAAUGCGAAUUGCAAUAAAGUGAGUGGUGCUAGUGGUGGGAAAUUCCCACAAAAAGUAAUGGACUGGUUCUCUAUGGCUGAGGUAGAAACUGGUGAUCAGCCCUCAGAAAGAGGCAGCAGAAAUGAUGAUGACGUUCCAGACGACUGGAUUUUGGCCAGUGAGGACGAAAAAAGUGCCAAAUAUUCCCAAAACGGUGAUAUGCAAGCCAUACAGAGUCAAGCAAGUGUCAUUUCAACGAAUCAAAAGAGUGCUAGAAAAGGUCAGGUGUCUCAAAAUGGAGACUCGCCAUCACAGACAGAAGCUGACACGAGGGGACUGGGCGGUAAAUUUGACAGUGAGGACGGUAGCGGUGACUGCCCCACGCGACCCUCCCAUUUUUCCGACGAGGAGGGUGAGGAUGAUGGAUUGUGGGAAACGGACCAGAGCUCAGAUGAUGAAAUGUACAUGAGGCCUGCAAAUGCCAACACUUCUGACCAGGGAUUUACAGAAAGCACUAGUGUUUCUAAGUGGGUUCCUGGGCAAAGAAAAUGUACACUGUGCGGUGAAACUGAUCAUGUUAUAUACAAAUGCCACAGGAAAAAAGACAACAGCUUUUUUCUGUAAAAAAUGUGCCAUUUUAUUAUUUUGUUCUUGUGUUUAAGGAUAAGCUUUUAUACCCAAUAUUCACAAUAUGAUCUGAAGCCAUCAGCUAUCUUUAUUGGUCAAAGUGUAUGUGUGUAUCUGAAUGUAUUUCUGUACCCUUCACUGAAAGGAUCAGUUUUCAAAUGUCUUCACAUGU